AUGGCUUCUUGGAAAUCAAAGGGCGGUCGUAGGCUUAUUGAACAAAUAUUGCAGGAAAUAAUUGGUGGUAUGCUGGAUUUGGAUCAUCGGUUGUGGCGAACCAACGAAUAUGUACCAGCUGAUCAGCAGCGUGAAAAUACCGCAAAACUGAAACGUUUGUGGGAACCGUUUGAUUGGACAAAGCAAACUGCAAAUGAAGAAUGA